AUGGUCAAGCGAUCUUUAUCUACAUCCCCUCCUCCCUCUUCACCCGAGCAGAUUAAACCAUCUUCCCCUUUCUCCUCAAUCGACGAAAGAUCUUCACCCAAGAAAUCACCCAGAAAGUCCAACACCAUCAAUAACAAUGAAGAAAGUUGGGACGCAGAUAAAAGGAGCGUCAUGAGUGAACGUACCGGUCUUACCACCAAACAACUUCGAGAUGCUCUCAAAUUUCGUCAUGAGGGAGGUACCAAUCUCAGAUCUCACCUCAUCAAAUCUGUCAUCCCGAAAUAG